CAGCCGUAAACCUUAUCCAACUGGGGGGGGUUUAGAGAGAGUACACAAACAUACCCUAUCUCAAGCUUUUAUCUAUUCGACUCGAACCGCUCGCACUCGCUCUAAUCCUCACAAAAUAUUCUGCUAAAAAACGCAGCUAUGAAUAGCUUAACAACGAGCUCAACAAGUCGAGUUCUAGCAACUUUGAAUCGAUUCCCAGAACGGUUUCGCUUAUGUGAGAAAUCUUGGGGAGUUAAUCUCAGCCUUCGACCUAUGCAUAUACACAAAGCUCGAAGAUUCGUUUGCAUGGCGGAGCCGUAUCUGAUAACGAAACUGGAAUCUGCAGAGAAUACUUGGAAAGAGUUAUCGGUCAAGUUGGCUGAUCCUGAUGUCGUCUCAAAUCCCAGUGAAUACCAAAAGCUGGCACAAUCUAUGGCUGAGCUGGACGAGGUUGUGUCAACCUUUAAGAGAUUCAAGGACUGUGAGAAGCAAUUAGAAGAGACAAAAGCUUUAGCAAAAGAUGAUGGCAGUGAUCAGGAUAUGGCAGAGAUGAUUGCUUCUGAAAUUGACUCUUUAUCUAAUCAACUCAGAAAGCUUGAGGAGAAACUUAAGGUGCUUCUACUGCCCACUGAUCCUCUGGACGCAAGAAAUAUAAUGCUUGAAGUAAGGGCAGGUACCGGUGGUGAUGAGGCCGGACUAUGGGCUGGUGAUCUUGUCCGUAUGUAUCAGAGGUACAGUGAGCGAAAUUCUUGGAAGUACACUCCUUUAUCAAGCUCUGAGACUGAAAAGAAGGGAGGAUUUAAAACAUAUGUGAUGGAGAUCAAAGGGAAUCGUGUCUACAGCAAAUUGAAGUAUGAGUCUGGUGUUCAUCGGGUUCAACGUGUUCCUCAGACAGAAGCACAGGGUCGUGUGCAUACUUCUACUGCAACAGUAGCCAUAAUGCCAGAGGCAGAUGAAGUUGAGGUUGUAAUCGACCCCAAAGAUAUUGAACUGACAACAGCAAGGUCUGGGGGUGCGGGAGGUCAGAAUGUCAACAAGGUGGAGACAGCUGUUGAUCUUGUCCACAAACCGACUGGAAUCCGCAUCUUUUGUACCGAAGAAAGGACUCAACUCCGGAACAAGGAUCGAGCAUUUCAGCUGUUGCGAGCUAAACUGUAUGAGAUUAAAGUAAGAGAGCAGCAAGAGAUGAUAAGCAGUCAACGAAAAUCACAGGGGGUAGUUUGGGUGUGUUAUCAACCUAAUGCACGUCAGUCACUCAAGUUCAGUAUGACAAUCAGUGGUACAGUUAGUUUAGCAUAUUUUCAAUCUUCAGUUUUCCAUUUUGACAGCACUAGUGUUUUUUGCGAUCAUUUUGAGAUUACAUCCAGUUUAUGCAGAAUGGUUUAUACUCUAUGCUAACCACUUGAAGAAACACUUGGAUAACUGGAGAUCUAAUCUAACUGGGCUCAUCGAUAUCCACACAAAUGUAAACAUGAGUAUUGGCAUUGGUGUAGCCAAAUGUAAAUGCAAAUAUAUAUUUAGCUAACAAUCCCACUUUUUCUACUGCAUUGGAUUAGCCAUAUGCAAAUUUUUUGCUUACUAUGAACAGUAUUUCUACAUAUUUCCAGAUCUACUGCUCGCCCUUCAUCCUUUAUUUUACUACUUUUUUCUCUCUCCUCCCACUUGCUCUCUCUCUCUCUCUCUCUCUCUCUCUCACCCAACAGCUUUAUUUUCUCUCUCCUCCCACUUUUCCUUUUCCUUUUUUCUCUACUGCAUUGAUGUUCAAUUUUAAGACAGCACAAUUGGUAUAUAUUUGUAGAUCUUAUGUAGUGAGUUUUAAUUGCAAAA